ACAAGCUUUAACCUAGCUUUCUUUUCAGAGAGCAGAGUUCGUCUAAUAUCAGAGCGUCUUGGUCAUACAAAAUUACGAGAGCUGAUUGAAACGAUAACCCGCGCUGAACAGACCCAGCAGGCCGAUCAACCCACUUCUUAUUUCGAUCACGUUCAUCGAUUGUAUCCACUUUUGGAUCGGAUAGAAUUUGAGAAAAUUGCGCUUGCGCCAACCUUACCUGGAUACCUCACGGUGAACCUUGCAUUUUCGGCACUAUAUCACACUGUCCUCGCCCUCGGAUGUCAAUAUACUGGGGAAGGUUCUUUUAAUCCUGGCAAAGGACGGACGUGGAAGUUCGACCAGGUGGUAUUAGGGCUGCUCCCAGAGAUAUUAGUUCCGACAGAGAGGAUAACCAAUUUACAGGUGUUUAUACCCACAAAGAGCCAUUACCGCUAUUGUGAGUUUGAGUCUUUCAAUCAAAGGCUAUCUUCAAGUUUAACAAUUGAUCAAUCGGCCCUAUAUACCUUGAACUUGUCUUGUGUGCAAAUGAGAAGACAUUAA